AAAGGCAAAAUGGCUAUUUUCCCAGAUUGUGAAAUUCAAAUUUGGUAAAGCUCAUGAAAAAAUCGCCCAAUCGACUUUGGCCGGCGCCAAAAGCAGCUCUCACUCUCUCCCUCACCGAAAGGCCUAUCAGUUUUGCUACACAAUUGCAAUGAAAAUGGCCCAACUGUAACCGCCUCUGCCUCGGAUCUGAAGCAACACCCACUGCUUUGCUGAAGAAGAGAGGCGGUGAAAGUAGCAUAACAGUCGUAGUGAACAAUCAAAGAUGAGCGGUGCGCGUCUGUGCGCACUGCUGGGAGACUUGGGCUAUGAAGGCCACGAAUCGCUCGAUCCCGACAGCUUUGAAUGGCCAUUCCAAUAUGACGACACUCGACCCAUUCUCGAUUGGCUUUGCUCUAGCCUCCGCCCUUCCAACGUCCUUUCGCCCUCCGAAGUUUCCCAAUAUGAACAAUUUCUACAAGAAGGGAAGCUCUUGGAGGGGGAGGACUUAGACUUUGCUUAUGAUAGCAUUUCAGCCUUCUCAACCAGGAGGGACAACCAAGAAGCAGUUUUUGGAAGUGAAGAAGGAUUGAAAGACAUAAGGGAUGCUACCGUAGCUUUAAAAUCUGAAGCUUUGGAGUUGCAGAAACAGCUUAGGUGUUUGCAGUCUCAGUAUGACAUGCUCACUGGCCAGGCCUCAUCAUUAAUUCAGGGAAGAAGGGCAAGAGUUGCUGCUUCAUCUGUUGUUAAUGGACAGCUGACCGCUAUUGACGAUAGCCUUUCAGCAAGGAAUUUGGAGAUGAAUGCAGUUCUUGGAAGGAUGGUUUCUACAGCUCAAGAAUUGACACAUUAUCACUCAGGGGAUGAGGAUGGUAUAUACUUGGCUUAUUCUGAUUUCCAUCAAUAUUUGGUUGUGGAUGCCUCAUGUAUAAAGGAGCUAAACCAAUGGUUUACCAAGCAUCUGGACACGGGUCCUUACAGAUUAGUUGCUGAGGAGGGGAAAUCUAAAUGUUCAUGGGUCAGCCUAAAUGAUAUAUCAAACGUUUUAUUACAAGAUUUAGAAAAGUCCCACCAUCAGCGUGUUUCGGAAUUGCAGCGUCUUCGCUCCAUAUUUGGUACAAGCGAGAGGCAGUGGAUAGAAGCUCAAGUAGAGAAUGCUAAGCAACAAGCUAUUGUAACUACACUGAAGACUCAAGUUACAUCAGAUGAAGCUCACAUUCAUCUUGACCUUCAUUCUCUUCGGAGAAAGCAUGCUGAACUAGUUGGAGAACUUUCAAGCCUAUAUCGUAACGAAGAAAAGCUACUCUCUGAGACAAUACCUGAUCUGUGUUGUGAGCUGGCUCAGCUACAAGAUACAUACAUUUUGCAAGGAGAUUAUGAUCUAAAGGUCAUGCGCCAGGAAUUGUAUAUCAAUCGGCAAAAGAUGUUCAUAAGCCAUCUAGUUAAUCUACUUUCAAGGCAUCAGUUUUUGAAAAUGUCAUGCCAGCUGGAAAAGAAGACUAUGCUUGGGGCAUACUCAUUGCUUAAAGUUAUUGAGUCAGAGCUGCAGGGGUACCUAUCAGCAACCCAAGGCCGAGUGGAUCGGUGUAUGGAAUUGAUUCAAGCUGCAUCUGAUGUUCAAGAACAAGGGGCUGUGGAUGAUCGUGACACUUUUCUUCAUGGUGUCAGAGACCUUUUAAGCAUUUACUCAAAUGCUCAAGCUGGUUUAUCAACAUAUGUUUCUGCACCGGGCAUUAUUCAGCAGAUAUCUAGCCUUCGUUCGGACCUAAUGACAUUACAGUAUGAUCUUGAGCAUACCCUUCCAGAGGACAGAUAUAAAUGUAUAAACAAAUUGUGCACUCUUGUCCAGAGUUUACAGCAACUAUUAUUUGCAUCAUCAACAACAGCUCAACCAAUAUUGACUCCAAGGGAAUUAAUGAAAGAGCUUGAUGAAAUGGAGAAGGCCAAUGCAAAACUCUCAACUGCAGUUGAAGAAGUGACUCAUGAGCACUGGAAGAAGAAUGAGAUUGUGAAACACCAUAAAGAGGAGGUGGCACUUCAGAGGCGGGUGUUUGUAGAUUUCUUCUGCAAUCCCGAACGUUUGAGAAACCAAGUCAGGGAGCUCACUGCUCGGGUUAGGGCGUUGCAAGCAUCGUAGAAUCAUCUUUCAUACUGCUGAUGUUUUGGUGUGAAUUGUCGCCAGCCAGGCAGCCAGCUAAGGUUGUUUUGUUUUUUCUUGUAUAUGAUGUAUGAUGUUAACUACUUGUAUUCCCCUCAGGACAUAUAAUUUGUAUUAGUACACUCUAUCCAACUGGGUUGUGGAUUCUUAAUUGAUUGAGUAGUGCUUGUUUUUGCAUAAUAAUGUGUCCCAAAAGUGAAAAAGUGAAGAAUGGCAGUUUGAAUUUCAGUUUGAUC